AUGCAGCUACUCAACUCUAAGAGUAAAAAUAGAAAACCAAAAUUUCUACUCAAGCUGCGUGUAAACGAGCUCAUUAAUAUCCCGCAAUCGUCAGGCUACUGCUAUAUCAAAUGGAAUCUAAAGGAGGGAACUGGCACUUCUAGCCCUGUAGUAGACACCAACGGUGAGACAAAAUCUGUCAUGAAUCAAAGUCAUGGCCUGACUCCAAAAGUUAAAGUUGAGAAUCACAGAGCAAGAUGGAAUUAUGAAUUUGAGAGGCCCCUUCAGGUUAAAUUACUUGUCGAUCGGAAUAGAGAUUUGGUCUCAAAAUUUAUGGUUCUGGAGGUUAUUUUUGAAUUUAUGAAUGAACAACAUCAGCGGAAAGAACCAAGAAAGAGUGGGCUCCAUUCUCAUGCUGAAAAUCAUGUUGUAGAAGCUGUGAGUAACAAUGUUUAUGCGCAAAGAACUACCGGCAAGUUAUUGCUCGGUGUAGUGAGCCUGAACAUAGCAGAGUACGUUAGAGAAGAUGAACAACCGGUUACAAAUAGAUUUCUCUUGAAAAAGUCAAAAGUAAACUCAAUUCUGAAUGUUACAAUGCAACUGUCAUUAGUGAGAGGAAAUUAUGGAGACUUUAAUGCUGUGAGAAGCUUCACUUCAGGUCAAUUGCCAGGGCCUUUUAGAAAUGGAUUUGGCGAUAUUCUAGAUGAUUCAUCAGAUCUUGGAUCCUCACAUUCGUCUGCAUAUCAAAGCUCUAUAGGAUCCCCACAAGGUAGUCGUCAUAUUUUCGGUACUGAUAAUAAUCAUCCGACUGGAAGUAACGGGAAACCAUCUUCAAACCUCGGCAGUUCUGUGACCUCACCGACUAUGCCAACAACCACUAUCUCCACAUCAAUGGGUCCGCUUGUUGAUAGUUUAUAUCAGAAGACAUUUCAGUUACCGUGGGAUCCAAGACCGGGUGAAUACACCCCUCGAGAAUGCGUUGAGGAUAUCUUGCAGGGCGGUAAUGGUUGGGCGAAAAAUGAGCAGGGAAUAUGUCUAAUAGAUUUACAAGCAUUGAGACUAAACGAACUCGAGAACGAUUUCUUCGCAAAUGAUCUUGACGAAAAUCUGCGAACGCAGGAAAGGACACAAGAAAACAUUCCGAUAGGUACCACAAAUUAUGAUAGGAUUGGGAAGAAAGAGUUCUUGGAGAAAAGGCAAAAUUGGAGUCAUUUCUCGCAAUCUCAAAGGGAUAAGUUAAGAAUGGGACAUGAAGUCUUAGCAGAUGAUAGGAAUAACAGCACUGAAGAAAUUCCUGUAGAUAAAGUUAGAGAUGCAAGAAGUUGGUCGGUAAACAAUAUAAUGGCGUGA